AACCCACUGGGCGGAGCUUCCGGGCAGAGAGGGAUUCAAGAGACCGGAUAUUGAAUAAUACAUUUAAGAAAAGAAAAUGGAUGAGGAACCUGAAAGAACUAAGCGUUGGGAAGGAGGCUAUGAAAGGACAUGGGAGAUUCUUAAAGAAGAUGAAUCAGGAUCACUUAAAGCUACAAUAGAAGACAUUCUCUUCAAAGCAAAGAGAAAAAGAGCAUUUGAGCACCAUGGACAGGUUCGACUUGGAAUGAUGCGUCAUCUUUAUGUGGUAGUAGAUGGAUCAAGAACGAUGGAAGACCAAGAUUUAAAGCCAAACAGAUUGACUUGUACUUUAAAAUUGUUGGAAUACUUCGUAGAAGAAUAUUUUGAUCAAAAUCCUAUUAGUCAGAUUGGAAUAAUUGUAACAAAGAGUAAAAGAGCUGAAAAACUGACCGAACUCUCAGGAAACCCAAGGAAACACAUCACGGCUUUGAAGAAAGCUGUAGAUCUGACCUGCCACGGAGAACCGUCUCUCUAUAACUCAUUAAGCAUGGCGAUGCAGACUCUAAAACACAUGCCUGGACAUACAAGUAGAGAAGUGCUGAUCAUCUUUAGCAGCCUCACAACUUGUGAUCCAUCUAAUAUCUAUGAUCUAAUCAAGACCCUGAAGACAGCUAAAAUUAGAGUGUCUGUUAUAGGACUGUCUGCAGAGGUUCGGGUUUGCACCAUACUUGCUCGUGAAACUGGUGGCACAUACCAUGUUAUCUUAGAUGAAAGCCAUUACAAGGAAUUGCUGACACAUCAUGUCAGUCCCCCGCCCGCUAGCUCCGGUUCUGAAUGCUCACUUAUUCGCAUGGGAUUUCCUCAACAUACCAUUGCUUCUCUGUCUGAUCAAGAUGCAAAACCUUCUUUCAGCAUGGCUGAUAUUCAGACACGGACAACAGGCAGUGCAUGUAAACGAUCCCUGAAAGAAGGGAAACAAGCUAUUACAUAUGAGUCUCUGUUUUAUUUGUUAGGUCUUACUUUGGUGUCUGCUCCCCAUUUGGCACGAUCUUAUCACCAUUUAUUUCCUUUGGAUGCUUUUCAAGAGAUUCCUCUAGAAGAACAUAAUGGAGAAAGAUUUUGUUAUGGAUGCCAGGGGGAAUUGAAAGACCAGCAUGUCUAUGUUUGUGCUGUGUGCCGAAAUGUUUUCUGUGUGGACUGUGAUGUUUUUGUUCAUGACUCUCUCCACUGCUGUCCUGGCUGUAUUCAUAAGAUUCCAACUUCUUCAGGGAUUUGAUCCCAGCGUAUAGUGCACGUUGUAUGUGUUAAAAAGACAUCUGCAACUAUAAAUAAAAUGAUUUUUUAGAAGAA